AUGCUCGCAGAGUCAGUCCUCACGAUGCCGUGGAUCCCGACGCCGACAGACGGCAUCGCCGGCUCAGAGACGCUCGCCGCUCAGCACGAGGCAGAGCAGAGCAUCUCGUCGCUCCUGACCGAACACCUCGCUGCGUCCGCCGACCCGCAGCUGCAGCGAGACGUCCACACGGCCUACCUCACUCGCCUCCUCAAGGCCCCGCUCCCCAAGUACUUCACCGGCCUCGACGCCUCGCGACCGUGGAUCUUGUACUGGUCCAUGCACUCGCUCGCUCUCCUCGAUGGCGAGCUCGACGCGACCGCAAAGACUCGCCUCGUCGAGACGCUCAAGCGGUGCCAGAACCCGGACGGCGGCUUCGGCGGCGGACCAGGGCAGAUCAGUCACCUCGCGCCGACGUAUGCGGCAGUGUGUGCACUCGCGCAUGCGGGCCCCGAGGGAUGGCGAGCGGUUGACCGCCACGGCAUGUACCGAUUCCUCCUCUCGCUCAAGCAGCCCGACGGAUCCUUCAUCAUGCACGAGGGCGGCGAGGUCGACGUUCGCGGCUGCUACUGCGCCCUGACAGCCGCCGUCCUCCUCAACAUUCUCACGCCCGACCUCGCCUCCGGCACCGCAUCGUUCAUCGCCUCCUGCCAGACCUACGAAGGCGGAUUGGCCGCCGCCGCCCACCCCUUCUCGCACGACCCCUCGCACCCCGCACCGCUCGGCGAAGCCCACGGCGGCUACGCCUUCUGCGCCGCCGCGUCGUGGAGCAUGCUCCGCGUCUUCAGCGACCCAACCUCGCCCUGUUUCGCCGAAGCGCCUCUCGACCUCGCCCGCGCCGAACUCGACGUACGCGCCCUCAUGCGAUGGUCCGCGUCGCUCCAGGCCAUGCCGAUCGAGGGAGGCGGGUUCCGCGGCAGGACGAACAAGCUCGUCGACGGCUGCUACAGCUGGUGGUGCGGAGGGCUCUUCCCGAUCGUCGACAGCCUCCUCGCCGAGACCGACGACGAGCCACAGCCCGAGCGCGAACUCUUCGACCGGAAGUCGCUGCAGGAGUACGUCACGCUCGUCGCGCAAGCACCGUCCGGCGGCCUGCGCGACAAGCCGGGCAAGCCAGCCGACGCCUACCACACGUGUUACAACCUUUCCGGCGACUCGACCGCGCAAACCAAGCUGCGCUUCUCCUCGUCGCGGCAACGGCAGCUCGCCGACUCGUUCUCGUCGCCGUUUGGCGGCACCAUCGUUACGGAGGGAGAACAACAAGAUGUUGAUGAGGAGGUCGAGGUCAUUCGAGGAUCGAACGAGUCGGACGAGGCGGCCGAGCUACGGAUGCGGGAAGUCUACUCGCGCACGCUCGCUUGGGUCGCCGCAGAGCCGAAGAUUGUCGUCGGCGACCCGCAGAACGAGCUGCUCCCGACUCACCCGCUCUUCAACAUCACGCUCUCACACGUCCGGUCUAUGAUGGCGUUCUUCUACAGCCAGCGGUCGUAG